AAAAUGGAAAAGCAGAUCCAAACAGUGAAAGCUGCCGAAGUUUGCUCCCCUCCAUUAACAAUAUCUAAACUUCCAUAUCCUUGCACGUUUCUAUUCUCUUUCAACAUUCUUUCUCCUCAUCUUUCCUUUUCAUCUUUUAAGUUUUUGCAUUUUAUGGGCGAAACCACAACAUUUUCGACACAAGCUAAGAUAUGUUGCAGAGAGCUGCAAACAAUGCAUAUUCAUGGUGGUGGGCAAGCCACAUCAGAACAAAGCAGUCCAAAUGGCUCGAACAGAACCUUCAAGAUAUGGAGGAUAAGGUAGGAUACACACUUAAACUUAUAGAAGAAGAUGGGGACUCCUUUGCCAGAAGAGCAGAAAUGUACUACAAGAAGAGGCCAGAGCUGAUAGACUUUGUUGAAGAAGCUUUCCGGGCUUAUCGAGCCUUAGCUGAACGGUAUGAUCAUAUUUCGAAAGAACUACAGAAUGCCAAUACCACCAUUGCUGCUGUUUUCCCAGAACAAGUUCAGUUUGCAAUGGAUGACUAUGAAGAAUAUGUCAAGACAAGAAACAUAAACAUGCCUCCAGAUGUUAAAAGGAAAAAUAUCCCAAAUGUUCCCAAUGCCCCAAUGAAAGAUUUAAAGGCUGUUCUAACAACAGCCACUAAGAAAUUGCGAGCCAAUACAGCUAAUAAAAGACCUCCUGUUAAAUCUGGUUUAAGCAAACCUGAGGGACUUAAGGAGAUUGACAAGCUUCAGAAAACGAUCCUUGGCCUACAGACUGAGAAAGAGUUUGUCAAAAAUUCGUAUGAGAGUAGAUUGGCAAAGUACUGGGAAAUCGAGAACCAGAUCAAGGAAGUACAAGAGAGGGUAAGCAGAUUGCAAGAUGAAUUUAAAGAAGCCAUAGUCAUUGAAGAUGAGGAGGCUCGAUCUGUGAUGGCAGCUACAGCUCUGAAAUCAUGCCAGGAGACAUUGGAUCAGUUGCAGGAAAAACAGGCGAGUGUAGCUAAGGAAGCAAAAUUAGGACAAAAAAAGGUUAAGAAAGCUCGAAUGAAGUUUGAGUCUGUCAUAAAUGAGGUUCUUGGCAAUGAAAAAAUCAAUCAGAAAAAGCCACCUGAAAAGGAUGAUUCCACAAAGCAACCUGGAAAUGAUGAUUCCACAAAGGCAGUAGAAGAGUCAGGAAGAUUAGACCAAGAGGCAGGCAGUGCUGCACAAGAUCCAGAAGAAAUGAAUUCAUCAAACGAGAAUAUAGAGGUACAGUUUGAGGUUACAUCUGCUGCAUCUCUCACUGUCACAGAAAUGGCUGAGAAGAUUGAUGAGCUUGUGAACAAGGUGGUUGGCUUGGAAACUGCAUUUUCAUCACAGACAUCCCUCAUACAGAGACUAAAAAUAGAGACUGAUGAGCUUCAGACACAAAUCCAAACCUUCGAAAGUGAAAAGUUGGCACUCAUCAACAGCAAAAUUGAUUUAAGCAAUAAGCUUCAGACACAACUCCAAAUCUUGGAAGGUGAAAAGUUGACACUCAUCAACAGCAAAAUUGAUUUAAGCAAUAAGCUCAUGGACACAGAGAAGGAGCUGCAGAAACUUCAAGAAGACUACAAUAAUCUCCUAGCAACCUUUACUCGUAAUCAUGAUUUCCUUUCUGAUAAGGCCCAAAGUAUAGAGCCAGAGGAGCUUGACUGUUCGCAUCAAAAAGAAGAAAAAUCCACAUUACAAGUCAAGUCACAGGAUGAAAUAUCUGGACAAGAUGAUGCAAUAAAUCCUAAUGGUAAGCAACAACAAAUUGUGCAGGUAUUAGAGAAGCCUGAGGUCAAAACUUUGUCAGAGCAAGAGAAGACAUCACUAAAAGAGGAAGAAUCCACAGCUCAAGUCAGGUUACAGAAAGACAUAGAAGGUGCAAUGAAUCCUAAUAAUGGUCCCAAGACACCUCUGAGUCCAAAGUUAUCAGAGGAGCUUGAUGUCAAAACUUCAAUGGAAAAUGAUAAUUCAUCUCUAGAUAGAGUCCACUCUCAGAAAGAGUUUGAAGGACAUGAGCAUGAUACAAAUCUUACCAUUGACAAGCAGAUCAAUCAUGAGGAGCCAGAUGAGGAACUCAAGGUCUCAGGAUCAAUACAAAAAGAAGAGAAAUCCGUGGUCAAUUAUGAACCUAGUAACCUUUUAGAACAGAGUCAGAACCAGAUUACACAGGAAAAAUACGACAAUCAAGCUUCUCCACAUGGUCCACAAGGACAACAUAAGGAGGGCAAGAAAAAUGAGGAAGAAGAUGGACCAAGCUUGAAACAUACGUUCUUGAAGCAGCUUGAAGAACUGAGAAGUGCUAAUACCAAGAAGGAUGAACAGAUUCAAUUAUUGCUUCAGAAGCUGAAAGCUCACUCUGAUGAAAAUAAACUUGAAGAACUGAGAAGUGCUAAUACCAAGAAGGAUGAACAGAUUCAAUUAUUGCUUCAGAAACUGAAAGCUCGCUCUGACGAAAAUAAACAUUUACGAGAUCAGUCUGCUGAACCAAAAGUAAUAGUGAAUGAAAUCAUAAGAACUGAAACAGAGAAAGAAGUAGACAUCCUGUUAUUACGAGUAGAGCAACAACAAAUUACUUCUGAAAUUGAAGAAAAAAUAAGGGAGAGCAUUGAUGAUGUGCUAGAGGAGAACUUGGAUUUUUGGUUAAGAUUCAGCACUUCAUUCUCUGAGAUACAGAAAUUUGAAACUGAAGUUAAAGAUUUGCAGGCUGAGGUCUCAAAGCUCCAGGAGAAAAAAAGCAAGAGCGACGGGAGUAGUAGCAUCAAAUAUUCUCUGAAAUCAGAUGCUCGUGCAUUAUACAGGCAUCUGAGAGAGAUACAGACUGAACUGACAGUCUGGAUGGAGAAAUGUGCGUUACUGAAAGAGGAAUUGUCAUCAAGGUUCGUAUCUUUAUGUAGAAUUCAGGAAGAAAUAUCUACAGCUUUGAAGGCAAGCGCUGAAGACGAUGAAUUCACGUUCACAAGCUAUCAAGCUGCAAAGUUCCAAGGUGAGGUUCUAAACAUGAAACAAGAGAAUAAUAAGGUUGCAGAUGAGCUGCAAGCAGGGCUUGAUCAUGUCACAGGUCUUCAAAUUGAUAUUGAUAAGACUCUCACCUUGUUGAGUGAGGAAUUCGGGCUUUCCGAGUCAAAGAAUCCAUCUGGUAUGGGGCUUCCAAACUCAGAUUGUAAGAAUGCAGUUCCAUUGCGAUCAUUUAUCUUUGGUGUCAAACAAAAGAAGAAAAGCCCAUCGAUCCUGUCCGUCAUGAACCCUGCUCUGGUAAAAAAGUACAAUGGUCGUCCUAAAUCAGGAUCGACUAGGUAAGCUACUAAAAUUUGCAUUGACUUGGAAGAGUUGUUUAUUUUUUCAUUCAAUUUAUUUGCAUGGCUUUUCAACAGAAGCCAAAACUCGCCCCUCUUCUCCUUUUUGUUUUUAGUCUAGGAGAAAGUAUAUUUAAUUCAGAUUCUGGUGAGAGUUCCAUCUCAGAUUUCUUGAAGUUCUA